GCUUCGGACCCCAGCCCGGGGGCCCCGACAUGCGACGCGUCAACUCGGUGGGACGCCCUCCCGCCGGUGGCCUUCACGCGCGGAGAUUGUCCAUGGAAGGGGCCAGGAGCACGGGCAGCACCGCGGGCCAGGCGGAGGCCAAGUACAAAGCGCCGGCUGGCGCUGACUAUAGUUACGCCCCUGGGGCUGGCAGGUCUCCCCACAGCCCUCCGCACUACGGCAGCCCUGUCAACACAUUCACCGUGAGACCAGGCACCCGCCAACCCAUCUCCUAUGCCUACGCGGGGACCCAUCGGAAAGCCAUGCCCUGAGCCCGGGCUUAUCAAAGCACUGGGGACGGAAUCUGGGCGCUUGUUUUUGGUGGGGGGUGGGAGGGACACAGGAGUUCUUUGCUCCCUGCAGAUUCCAGGCGCGUGGGGUGGAAGCAGAGACAGACGGUGGUCCAGGGAUGAUCAGGAGUGGGCUGCUGGCUCUGGACUGUUUGCAGCUGGGGAUGGGAGGGGAAAGAGGGAGGAGGUGAGGAGCCUUUCUGGGCCUAUCUACUCCUCUGGGCUUUGACAAAAGGCGUACUUAAGCAGUGUUACAGGCACGGUCUCCUGAGCCAGGGACGGGGUGCUAACUGUACAGGAAGCCAACUGGAUGGUGGCGAUAGGGGUAGGGAAUGCAAGGAGCCUCAGGGGGAUCUCUUUAGCUUCAAUCCGUCUACCAGUGGCCACCCACAAGGCGCCUGGGGUCCCAAGCCAGGGUUCCAAGCCACUUGGAGACAGGUCUAGGAAUGCACACGGCAGGUGGAGAAGGUACCGAAGCGGAAGGGUUUUUAUAGUAGGCAGGAGCAGGAAGGGGGGCACUAAAUACAAGAGUGCUGAGCACCUGGUUCCCUUUUGUGUCCUGCAGGAGGUAGCAAAGGUGAUGGUUCACCUCUCCUCUCUCCUGGUCCCGCUCGAAGCUCCCCCCAGCUCUCACAGAGGCCAGUCUGUGUAGCCUCCAUCUGGCGGACUGGGUCUGAAGAGCCAGAAGGCUCUGGCCUUCAAUGAGCAGGUCCCAUGGGGGAUUUGGAGGAGGCAUUGACCCAAACCAUCCUUCAAAUUAUUGGGGUCAGCAGAUGUGAAGCCACCGUGCCGGAGGGCCGUGGAGCCUGAGCUGAGGGGCUGCUCGUGCGGUGUGGUCAGGAGGGUGUGGGGAGUCAAAACUGGCAGGACUGGACUGAGAGCACAGAGCCAGGGAGGCCUUCCAGGAGGGUGCCCAUGGGGCCUUUGCCUGGGCCCUCCAUGGCCUGGUUUCUAGAAGUAGACCCCAUUCCACUUUCAAAUGACCCUGGUUUAGGUGACACGUGGGCCCCAAAACAUGUCAGGAUGCCGUGUUCCUUGGUCUUUGGAGGGGACCGGGCCAAGCCGGGAGGGCAGGCAGGCAGAAUGGCCCCUUCUCAAAGAAGCAGGCCUGUAGGGGACAGUCAGGGACCCAGAUGUGGGCUCAUCAGGACUUGUGGUUAUUGGGGAACCAGGGUGCCUAGGCCAGCCACCCUGCUGUAGCAGAUCAUCGGGUACCUGUGUUCCCGAAACCAGCCCCACCCCGCCUCCAGCUCUCGCUCUCUGUAUUUCCCUGUACCGUGUUUUAUAAAAGAGUUCCCUGAUUUAUGUGCUUGAGGAGUGGGGUGUGGACUCCCGGCUGGCUGGCUGUUUCUCUGGGGUGGGAGGGGCACGGCUGGCUCUCACUUGCCUUGGGAAAUGAACAGGCCAGUCUGGACUGGCUUCCAGCUGUACACUGCUGGCUGGGAGUGCCUGGGCUGUGCGGAGAGCUGAGGGCAGGCCGGAGGCCGAGUGGUGCCCCAGUUCCCCCUGGCCUUGAGGCUUUCUGGGUCUCUGGAUGCCCGAAAGGAAGUAUGAAGCAGAACGAAGGUGAUUGGGGACCUGGGUCAGAACCUGAGGCUUUAAAUAAGCAAGUCUCUUAGACACCGAGCCUCUGUUUCUUCUUCUAUAAAACAUGUGAUGAUCAUACCAAAGACAAAGCAAAAAAAACAAACAAACCACCAAAUAACACCCAGUGCCAUCGAGUCAGUUCUGACUCAGCACCCAAUACGGAGUCUCUGAGGCUCUCAGUCUUUAUGGGAGCCGACCGCCUCAUCUUUCUCCCUCGGGGCAGCUGCUGGAUUCGAACUGCUGACCUUGCAGUUAGUAGCCCAACACCUAACCCACAGCAUCAUCCGGGCUACUUACCUACCUCAUGGGCUGUUGUGGAGAUGAAAGACGUGCAUUUAACAAAUAUGUGAGUGGCUACUGGGUGCCCAACACUCAGGACUGACCCCUGCCCUGGGGAAGCCUGCAAGCUAGUGAGAAGAGAGCACAGGAGAUCAGCAUCAGUGUGAUAAAGGCGCAUGCGGUAGCAGAGGGCGGCUGGCUUUUCUUCAGCGGGGUGAGCAGGGCAGGCCCCUUGAGGGGGUGACCUUUCUCUUGACGUAAGCAGAGCAUCCUGCACAGGGCUGCAACUGAGCAGUGUCAAUAAACAGUAUCUCUGGGUGACGGUGCCCUUACA